AUGAAGCAUGAUGGUCCAUCGACACCGGCGAUAGUAUCGGUGCUCGCGGGUGGCUUCGCGGGUGCUGUGGAAGGAGCGGCGACAUAUCCCUUCGAGUUUGCAAAGACUCGAGUUCAGCUCCGCGAGCAGAAAGGCCAACCAACUCCCAAGAAUCCGUUCAAGGUGGUCUACCAAGUCUACAGUAGAGAAGGUCUGAAGGCUCUCUAUAAAGGCUGUGUGCCACUUGUCAUUGGAUCCGUCGGCAAAGAUGGCAUCCGUUUCCUGUCAUUCGACACCAUCAAGAAUACCUUCAAGGACCCGGAGACCGGUACAUUGAGCCCUCUUCGCAAUCUACUGAGCGGAAUGGCUUCGGGUUGUGUGGCCAGCAUAACAGCAGUCACCCCUACCGAGCGAAUCAAGACUGCACUCAUAGAUGAUGCAAGAAACGAAAAGCGUUUCAACUCUGCAACGCACUGCGUGAAGACAAUUCUCAAGGACGACGGCUUCCUUGGACUUUACCGGGGCUUCGCAGGAACCACGCUCAAACAAGCUGGCGCCACGGCCAUGCGGAUGGGGACGUACAACAUUUUGAAGGACUUUGAGCGGACGAGGGAUGUCCCGCAGAAUACUCUGACCAACUUCGCGAAUGGUUCAGUUGCGGGUAUAGUGACAACUCUAUCCACCCAGCCCUUUGACACUAUCAAGACACGAUGUCAGAGUUCAAGAGGAGCCAGCACAGUGGACGCGUUCAACAGUAUCAUCUCCGACUACGGCGUUAAAGGUUUCUGGAAAGGGACAACUAUGCGCUUGGGUCGCACCGUCUUCAGUGGUGGUAUCCUUUUCACCACAUACGAAUGGGCAGCCGCGAUACUCAACCCAGCCUUCCUGCCCAAAGAAGUCAGAGGAGCUUAA